AGGGAACGUGCAUAUUCCCGCCAAAUUCGUUACGCGUGAAGAAAUCGUUGGCAAGAGAUUUCUAUUGUGAUUACAUUUUUCUGUGAAGUUAUAAGUAAAUAAAAAGCAAGAUGGGUAUUCUAGGCUUAUCUAAAUUAAUAGCUGAUAUAGCACCACAUGCUAUCAAAGAAAUGGAGAUCAAAAACUACUUUGGACGUAAAAUUGCAAUUGACGCGUAUAUGAGCUUAUAUCAGUUCUUGAUAGCUGUUAGAAGUGAAGGAUCACAGCUAGUAUCAACCGAUGGAGAGACAACAUCCCACUUAAUGGGCACAUUCUACCGGACCAUCAGGCUGGUGGAGAAUGGUAUCAAGCCCGUCUAUGUGUUCGACGGCAAGCCUCCGGACAUGAAGUCUCAUCAGCUGAACAAGAGAGCUGAGAGGAGGGAGGAGGCUGAGAAGGAGUUGCAGAAAGCUACUGAAGCUGGUGACCAGGAGUCCAUAGAGAAGUUCAACCGUCGCCUGGUGAAGGUAACGAAGGUGCACAACGAGGAGGCGAGGCAGCUUCUUAAGCUGAUGGGUAUACCGGUCAUCGAGGCGCCUUGCGAGGCCGAGGCACAAUGUGCUGCACUGGUGAAAGCCGGCAAAGUAUUUGCUUCAGCGACAGAAGAUAUGGACGCGCUGACAUUCGGCACCAACGUGCUGCUGCGUCAUCUCACGUUCAGUGAGGCUCGCAAGAUGCCCGUGCAGGAGUUCCAUCUCGACGAUGUGUUGAAAGGACUCGGCUUGGAGCAGAAAGAGUUCAUCGACUUAUGCAUCUUACUAGGCUGUGACUACUGCGGUUCCAUCCGCGGCAUCGGUCCCAAGCGAGCCAUCGAACUCAUCCGACAGCAUCGCAGCUUAGAAGAGGUGCUGCGCAACAUUGACACGACGAAGUACCCUCCCCCCGAGGAGUGGGACUACGAGAGAGCGAGGGAACUCUUCUUACAGCCAGACGUCACUGAUCCUAAGGAGAUUGAGUUAAAAUGGUCGGACCCCGACGAGGAGGGCCUGGUGCAGUUCCUGUGUGGCGACAAGCAGUUCAACGAGGAGCGUGUGAGGAACGGCGCCAAGAAACUCAUGAAGGCUCGCAGCGGCACCACGCAGGGACGACUCGACGGAUUCUUUACGAUAUCAACAACUCCAAAUCCUAAACGUAAAGCCGAGGAAGACAAAAAGAAUUCAGCUAAGAAGAAGGCCAAGGUCGGCGGCGGCGGUAGAGGACGCAAACCGAAGUAAAAUAGUUAGUUUUAACUUUUAAGCAUUAUUUGCAUGGAGAAAAAAAAGACCAAGGGCCCGAUUCUCCUAAGUUAUUAAUGUCAAAUUUGAAUAGAAAUUGAAUCGAAAUAGAAGUUUUAACCAUAUCGGUCAUUCUGCUACUAAUAUAAGACCAAUCGUCCGCCGAUCCAACGACAUUCG